CCAGGAAUCAGAGGCAGUGAACCACAUUAACACCUCUGUCUCUAAGUCGCUGUCAGCUGAAGGUGUCUCCACAUGAAGGAUCAACGCUGUUGUUCUAAAGCUGCUGAACUGAUCUCAUUGAUGUUUUAGAUUAUCACUCCUCUGCCUCCUCUGUGCCACUGAUACAGGAUUAAGAUAGACUAGAAGAAGAACAGGUGCUAGCUCCGAGGCUGAGCUCGCCGUUACACUUCACAUGCUGAGUGUGUUUGUGUGCCAGUGGAGAGUCGACUGGAAGCAUGAUGAUGGUGAGCGACGACUGUCUGGUGGAGUGUAACAUCGACGACAGCGACGAGGACGAUGGAGAGCAGGUCAACACUCCUCCUCCUCCUCCAGAGUUCGCAUCCAAAGCUUCCACUCCGGCUCCCAAAGCUCCGACGCCUCCGGUCGCUCCUCCAACGCCUGAAUCCACCUCACCUGUCAGCAGGGACCCCAACAACAUCAACCAGCACCUGAAGGUGGAGGUCAGCGACGUUCUGGCAGAACCCGCCACGCCUCACAGCAUUGACCAGGUGUGGAUUUACAGCCUCACCGGCUUUGAGAGGACUCGUAUCUGGACGUACCGCUGCCUCUCUUUGCUGUUUGCCGUUCCCUUCGCGUUCCUGUGUGGACUUUUCAUCGCCGUUCUCGCCUGUAUACACGUCUGGGUUCUGGUUCCCUGCCUCCAGCUGAGCUACACCUUCCUUCCCUGCCUUCGCUCGUUGUGUUUGUGUGCCGUGAACGUCUUCGUCUCUCCCUUCUGUUCGUCUCUCGCUCUCUGCUGCAGCCAAAUCGCCGUUUCUCUGUCCAACAAGGACUGGAGUCCAGCCAAAGACAAAGACGCCGUAUGAAUGACAGAUUAAUCUGAGUGAAUGAAAAGACAGAAACAGAGGAUUUUGUGGAAAAUUGCAUGUCUUUUUUUAGUUUUUCUUUUUUUACAUGGCAUAGUUCUGCAACCUGCUCAUGUUUUCCUAUUUGAUAUGAUUUCUACAUGUAAAGCCAGUUCAUAUUUUUUAUUUCUACUAUUAUUGUCUAUAAUAAUAUAAAUGUAAUGACAUUGUGAUAUUUGUAAUGAUAAUAAUUAUUAUAUUAUUAUGCUGUUAAUUUUAGACGUAUUUGUAAGAAAACUGUACUCAGCUGUAUCAAUAAAACACAUUUUAGACA